GGAGACUGCUCACGCAAGUCGGCUUGCGUUGGAGUGAGUGCUGUCUCUGAGAACGUCUGGCUUGUUGCUACAAAGACUCCGUUGACGUUGGUAGCUUCAGCGGCGUUCCCUUCAGGUAGAGUUAGUUGCUUUCUGCAGAGGUUACAGGCAUCCUUCCCUAGGAUUGCUGUAGCCUCAACGCCCCUAGCAAGAGACAUGCCACGGGGACGAAAGAGUAGGCGCCGCCGUAACGCUAGGGCCGCGGAAGAGAACCGCAACAAUCGUAAGAUCCAGGCCUCAGAAGCCUCCGAGACCCCAGUGGCCGCUUCUGUUGUCCCGAGCACCCCCGAGGACGACCUGAGCGGCCCGGAGGAAGACCCGAGCACUCCGAAGGAGGCCUCCACCACCCCUGAUGAAUCCUCCAGUGCUGCUCAAGCACAAAAGCCCUCGAUAGCCCGGAGCAAUUUUCAAGGCACGAAGAAAAGUCUCCUGAUGUCCAUAUUAGCCCUCAUCUUUAUCAUGGGCAACAGCGCCAAGGAGGCCCUGGUCUGGAAAGUGCUGGGGAAGUUGGGGAUGCAGCCUGGCCGGCAGCACAGCAUUUUUGGGGAUCCAAAGAAGGUCGUCACAGAAGAGUUCGUGCGCAGAGGGUACCUGAUGUAUAAGCCGGUGCCCCGUAGCAGUCCCGUAGAGUACGAGUUCUUCUGGGGACCUCGAGCACACGUGGAAUCGAGCAAGCUGAAAGUCAUGCAUUUUGUGGCAAGGGUGCGUAACCGAUGCUCCAAGGACUGGCAAUGUAAUUACGAUUGGGAUUCGGAUGAUGAUGCGGAAGUUGAGGCUAUUCUCAAUUCAGGUGGUAGGGGUUACUCUGCCCCUUAGGGAAAUCCCGCGCAGACCCUUUGGGGAGGGAGUGGGCUGGAAAGAACUUAACAGGUUUCCCAAGGAGUAUAUCACCUAGGUUCUGAGUUGAAUAUUUGGGGGAAGGGGGCGCACUGUAUUUGGUAUUUGUGAUCAGUGCUAAUAGUUUAACUGCAAAAUAGAGCAUCUGCUUUGGAUAUUGUAAAAUUUAUUCAUUUUAAUACAGUGUUGAUUAAAGUCACAGUAUGUUUAAAAAUAUCAUUGAAGAAGAUAUAUUUUCUGUCAUUGAGAUUUAGCGUAAUAGUUUUGCUAACGUUAAAAUAAUGAAGUCUUUCCAUCAUAUUCUGUGAUCUGGUACAUGUUUUAUACCAUUGAAAUAGGCUGUUCUUUGAAACUUUGAAAUAACCAGUAAAAUGUGAAAGAAAGAUGGGAUUCAUUUAUGUCUGACCUUUCUGAAAACCUUUGAGUCUGCUGUUGUAUAAAGAAGACUGACAACUACUAUGAUUUUUCUUAGUUACUGCAGAAUACAGAAAAAAAUAAAAGCAUAAUGACAAGGA